AUGGCGAAGAGGGGACGAGGGCAUCCGAAAACUACGGUGGCGCCGUCACCUGCGAACCUUACAACGCCGGUGAGUCAACCGGUGGGUAAUACUGAUGAAGGAAACAAGCCCCUUGAAGCGGAAAAGAAGGAUGGUGAAUCGGAACACCUAGAAACAGCACCAGAUUCGCGCAAGUUGUGGGUGGAUGUGCUAAUUGAGAAUCGUAACCCUAAUAAGGGGAUGCAAAUGGCUUAUGUGACACAGACAAGUAAUGAAGGCGAUUUCGAUAUUGAAAUUGAGGAGAAAUAUUUUCUUCUCCGCUUCAAGAAUCACGAUGAUUUGGAUAACGUCAUGAUGAAAGGGCUGUAUACUCUCCGUAACAUCCCAAUCAUUCUCAAGAAGUGGAGACCUGGAUAUAAUGUUAAGGAAGAUUUACUCAGGACCAUUCCAAUCUGGGUCAAAUUACAUAUGCUUCCCUUUCCCCUAUGGGGAGCUUGUAGCUUGAACAAGAUAGGAAGCAAAAUUGGGGUACCUAUGGUUACUGAUGAAUGCAAAACGCACAAACUCCGAGUCUCUUAUGCAAGGAUUCUUGUAGAGGUUGAUAUCACAAGGAAACUCAUUGAUGAACUCAUAAUUAAGGAUCUGGAAGGGAAAAAGCUGAAGCGGCCUAUUGAAUAUGAAUGGAGACCCAAAUUUUGUGAAAAAUGUCAAAAGAUGGGCCAACAAUGUGGAGUGGAUAUGUAG